AGUCAUGAGCCUCAAACCGGCACUCGGCUCGGCAGGCUCGGCAACUCGCAGCGGCCGGACGACGGACGCAUGCGUUCGGUGAACGCGUUCGGGAGCAAUCGUGGAGGCUCGUAGCCAACAAAAAUAAAAACAUGUCCGCCCAUCGGUACUUGAACCUCCGGCCGUCGCCGUCCUGCCAGUCGCCCUCUCGCCAGUCGCCCUCCUGCCAGUCGCCCUCCAGCCCGGCACACCGUCUGCUUGCUUCCGUUCCCAGAGAUCCGAUGACGUCCAAGUUCUCCUCGGACCCGGAGGUGUCCUCCAUGCUCAAGGACUUGUCGCAGCGGAUCGCCAGCAAGCCGACGCAGAAUGGCGCGGCCAACGGCGCGGCCAACGGCAAAACCACCCUCAACGGUAAAGCCUCCCUCAAGACGGCCACCCCCGUGGCGGACAACGGCGCCGCCGUGGACGCCCUCUCCGUGGACAAGCCCGAGGCGAAGCCCUACCAGAGGAAGAUUGUGUGGUUCAACGCCAUCGGCUUCCUCAUCCUGCACCUCGGCACCCUGUACGGCAUCUACCUGGGCAUGUUCGAAGCCUACCUCAUCACCGACAUCUGGGCGUUCGUGGUUGGCUUCAUCUCCGCCCAGUCCGUGCUGCUGGGCGCGCACCGCCUCUACACGCACCGCUCCUACAAAGCCACCUUCCCGCUGAGGCUGCUCAUCGUCCUGUGGCAGACCGUCUCCAGCCAGAACUGCCUGUGGGUGUGGGUGCGCGACCACCGCCAGCACCACAAGUACUCCGACACGAACGCCGACCCGCACAACGCGAGGCGGGGCUUCUUCUUCUCGCACGUAGGGUGGCUCAUGGUCAAGAAGCACCCCGACGUGUUCGAGGCGGGCCGCAAGGUGGACAUGUCCGACAUCGAGGCGGACUGGCUCGUCAUGUUCCAGAAGAAGUACUACAACAUCCUGUACGUGCUGCUGUCCGUCCUGUUCCCCACGGUCGUGCCCGUGUACCUCUGGGGCGAGACCUGGUGGAACUCCUUCUUCAUCUCCUUCCUCACGAGGACCUUCGUCGUGCUCAACGUGGCGUGGCUCGUCAACAGCUGGGCCCACCUGUACGGCACGCACCCAUUCAACCAAGAGAUCAUGCCCAGCGAGAGCCGGCUCGUGUCCUUCCUCACCUUCGGCGAGGGCUGGCACAACUUCCACCACACCUUCCCCUGGGACUACCGGGCCGCCGAGUUCGGACAGAACUUCAACUUCACCUGCAACAUCAUCGAGUUCUUCGAGAAGAUCGGCUGGGCCUACGACCUGAAGGCCGCGCCGGAGGAGCUGGUGCGGAAGCGCGCGCUGCGGACGGGAGACGGAACACACCCACGGUACAACAAGGAGGGCGUCCCCGAGCACCUGGUGGCCGAGCCGGAGCCGGGCGCCGAGGACGCCGACCUGGACGACGAGGACGGCGAGGCCGUCCUGGCCAAGGUGGCCGCCAACAAGACUGACAGCAAGGUGGCUGUGGCCGUGGCCGCCGAGAGGAGCAAGGAGAAGCGAGGCUGAAUGCCUCGAGUGUCGGUGACGAUGCUCGAAAGAAAGACUGGACUCUGUGCUUGCCGAGGGCGCGGUGGCGCGCGUCAGCAACGCGUCAGCAACGCGUCAGCGCCGUCCUGGAGCCGAGGCGACGCGGUGCGACGCGGUGCUGCGAACGCCACUUUGCUUGGUGCGCAAUUUGAAGCUGCCAACUACAUUGAUUCUUGUACACACUGAAGCUAUAUGUUUUGGCAUUCCUUGGCCACCAACAUCGCCCGGCCUUCUCUGCGCGCCGUGCCCGGGCCGGGCCGCUCUCACUGCAGCCCGCCGCGCGCCCCGUGCGUGCUUUUUAAUUUAUUAGUCCGCCGUGCCGUUUCCCACGCGGCGCGGCGCGGUGGUCGAAGAGUAAAGUUCCAAGUUAGGGAAAUGAGCGCGCUCUACGAGUCCACAAUGGCGGCGCGUCACCCGUUUCGCAACGAGGGGAGGAAUCUCAAGUAGCGGCGAGGCGGUCGCGGCGUCGCGGCCCCGGUGCCCGGCCCGGCCCGCUCGCCCACGCACUAUCUCCAUGGCCCAGCCCCUCAAGACUGAUUCCGAGAGUCGUUUUCGUCGCUCUGUCUCUCUUGCACCUGUACGGGACGCCACAUGAGUGCGACAGAGACAGCGACGGAAACGACUCUCGGCACCAGCCUGCUGGCCGGCGCAGGGCGGCCAGGGCGGCCAGGGCUGCUUGGCGCCUGAGAAUAAUGCCAAUAGAGGAGGUGCAAAGCGGCGCGCGGCCGAGGCGAACAAAGACGUCCUGCAGGCCUGCAGGGAGAGUCACAUCCGCCCUUUGUGGUCAAUCGGGAGUCAGCCAGCCGGGGCACGGCCAGUGGCCGAGCCAGUGGCCCUGCAGACUGAUUCCGAGAGUCGCUUUCGUCGCUCUGUCCC